AUGGAUCCCUGCUGGAAUGUCAUCCCAGUCACUUCCGAAGGAUUGUUUAACCAGAAAGGUGACGACAAUAUUUUCAAGCAUCACCUAAUCAUUUUACAGCUCCAAUUAGCUAUUAUUUUCAUCCUCGCCACCAUCUUCCACCUCGUUCUCGGCCUACUAUAUUUGCCCCGUCUUACAUCGGAAGUUCUGGCAGGUAUCAUUCUCGGACCGUCUGUUCUCGGCCGGUUCUUUCCCAACAUAUCAUCGGUUUUGUUCCCCCGACAGUCUGUGAAAGUCCUAACUACGUUGACACGGUUCGGGAAAUCAGGGAAAAGGGAAUGGACUAUAGGCUCGUUGGUGAUCGUAUUCCCUCUACUACUCGGCGUCCACACCGCGACAGAAAUAAGCUUGAACGUUGACCAUAUCGACGAAGUCUACCUGGAACGCUUUGCGCUUUUCACCGGCGUACUAAUGUUGACGCCUUUUCCGGUGGUGGCCAUCCUUUUAAUGCAUCUGAAGAUCAUCAACUCUGAGUUGGGACUCCUCACUCUGUCCUCGGCCUUGAUUAGUGACUUAAUAAGCGUAGUCAUCGUGAAUUUGGAUAAAUUCGUGCAGCUAACGAGAUUGGGAGGGUUUUUUUUUUAUCGGUUGGCUAUUCCAAACCAUGGGAAGGCUUCUUACAUCACCUGGGAUAAUAAAAUUAAGAUUCCAAAGAGAGCGCCAUCUUAA